AUGACUCACGAUGAGGUCAUUUAUCUUGUUGAAUUAAUACAAGAUAAACCUGCGUUAAUGAAAAAGGCAACCAAUGCCACUACAAAUAAGCUUAAAGAUGAAGCUUGGUUGUCUGUCACAACAUCCUUCAAUGCAAAGUUACCAAAGCAGCGGUUUUUCACUAAGAUAUACAAACCAUCGCCAAUACUUACUAACGUACAGACGGAAGAUUAUCUAUAUAUACAGACGGGUGGUGGAAAACCAGAGUGUAUACCCCCAGACGACAUUUUAGACAAAGUGGCAGGUCUUUUAGGGUCAACCUGCUCGGGCUUUGAAGUUUCUUUUGGUGGUGACAGAAGCGAUAGCAAUGUAGUUUUGGUGGAAGACAGUGAUGUUGAAAUACAAGAGACAACAGACAGAAAUGAUGCAUCACAAAACAUUUCCGAGGAAGAGUACUGUCCGAGUGAAGGCAAAGUAGGCACGUGCCUAGGGGCGCGAGAUUACAAAGAGGCGCGCGCGCGGAAGUUUAUGAACAAAGAAAAAUAUAACAAAAUUAACAGAAGAUUCUUCAACUCUAUAGAGAUGUAG